AUGUUUCGUACGUUGCGAAAUCAUUGGAAAAAGUCUGUAUUUGCUUUUUGUGCGAUUUCAUACGGUGCGAAAUGGUCGUACGAUCGUUAUCAAGCAAAUCAAAUUCGUGCGUUUUAUUGUCGACAAGCUUCCAUCUUAGGGUCGCAAACAUAUCCGUCGAUGAAUCGAUUAAACCGUGUCGCUGUUCUAUUGAAUGGAAAAGCAAACAAUGGAAAAGCCAAAUCACUCUACGAUAAAACGAUUUUCCCUCUAUUACAUUUAAUUGGUCUUGACGUGCGUGUUUAUCGUGUGGAUACAAUUACAGAUCCAAAUGGUUUGACUGAUCUUCUAACAAAUAAAAUUGAACCUAAUGAAUUAAACGCAUUGAUGAUUGUUGGCGGUGAUGGAACGUUGAGUGAACUUGCUCCGUAUCUCUUUCAAUCGAAUGUCUUAGAAAAUCUUCCAAUUUGUGUGGUACCUAUCGGUGAACAUGUUUCAUUUGCACGCAGUUUGUUACCCACAACAACCAAGAAGAAACUUCAUGACGAUGUCAGUUUACUAUGUGAAUCUGUCUUUGCUUUAUUCAAUGGAACAAUUGUUCGACGGUCUUUAUUAAAAAUUACAACAUCAGAGAAUGAUGAAAAACCAAUUUAUGCAAGCACAUUGGACUUCGGUCAUUAUUCUCGGCUUGAGCAACUUCAAAAACGUCUGUGGUAUUUCAGUUACUUGAAAUAUCCAAUUUCAUCUCUUUACCAUUUUAUCACAAAUUCCUACGCAUCGAUAGUCAAUUCCGAACAACCGGCAAUUCUCUAUUCACAUCCAUGUUCGGGUUGUUUACGUUGUCAGCCAUAUCUUAUGGAACAAUAUCGUUUAUCUCAACAGCAGCAACGAGAACAAAAGACAAGUUUUUUCUCUCGUGUAUAUCAAUCAAAGCGUUCUAUUGUUCAACCAAGUUCCACAUCCGUAACACCACCUGUCGAAAAUCCUGAUUGCGGUGUGGAAUACUGUCUCAAUCUUGACAAAUCACCGGUUCAACUUGGAGUCAAAUUACACGGCAAUGAACAGAACUUUCAAGUUGAUAUUAGCGAUGAUCUACAACGAUUCAAUUACGAUAAAGAUAAACAUCCCAAACAAUCCUUAUAUGUUCAACAUCUAAGAUUUACUCCGAACACGAAUCUUCUUGCCAAGCAAAUGUUAAUCAAUCAAGAGAAAUUAAAAGACUCCGAAGAUUUACCGACAGAGUAUCGAAUUGAACUGAGUGAAAAAACAUUAAAAUUUAUUCAGAUUACUGAUGAUCUAUUAUUAAGGAAGAAAUUAUCUAUAAAAGCAACAGUUAAUGAACUAGAAGAAGAUGCUCUUGAAAAGAAGGAAACGAAAAGAUUAAAGCAAAAGAACGAAAAUAUCCAGCAGCCAGUCAAAGGAACGUUUUCAUCAAUUCAUCGACUAGAUUAUUCUUGUUCUUUUAUUUUCGGUCGAUUUUUUCUUCUUGCUUUUCUUUUCGAUAACUUGACUGAUACAAAAAAUCAAACUAGUAGCAAUGCGCUAUUCAUUUGCGUAAUGUCCGAUGGAAACAAAUUCGACUUAACUGCAUACGCACAGCAACGUCAGCCAAAUCAAAUAGCAUUAGACGAAAUGGGCAGUGUGUUGCUUGACGCCAUGCAGGGCACAUUAAUUUGUCUUGAUAGUCAACAUAUUAUUAUCGAUGUUUCGCAGACUGUCAAGCGCUAUUUCGGCUUUGAACAAACAGAAAUUGUCGGUCUUUCUAUACUACUGCUGGUUGAAGAUAGUGAACGAGACGCAUUUCUCAAAUUUCUAUCCGAUACUUCCCAAUUAUUCAAUAUCUGUUGUGUUCGAAUGGUCAUGGCCGCAGCGAAUGAAUACCGACAAGUGAAAGUACAUCGAAAACGAAAAGUCAAUCAAGAUACCGUCGACGUUCAUUCAACAACACCUCGACACAGCAAUUCCGUCGGAACAAUUCUCGUCCUAACCGUAGACAAUUCCUCCUAUAUUGACAUCACAUUAUUCGAUGCUCAUAAACAAGAAUUCUAUACAAAAGUUAAUUUAGUCGGUGAAAUUAUAUUCGAAGAUCACAGGGGUGCUUUAAUAACCGGUUAUUUGCCACACGAAUUAAUAUCACAGUCAAUAUUUAAUUUUGUGUACCAUGAAGAUCGUUUAGUUAAAUUGCAUGCACUUUGGAAAUGUGCAACAACUGGUGCAAGUAAAUUACAAUGGCGUUUAAAUGCUCGCGAUGGUUCCAUUGUUUUUCUUCAAACUGAGUAUAAACUGAUUGCCAAUCAUCGAAAACAGGAUACGAUUGUUGCUCGAAAUGAAAUACUCAGUCCAAUGCAACGAAUACAAUUUGAAGAAUUACAAACAGCUUGGCGUCAUCAGUGUGCAGCAGAUAUCAAAGGAAAUAGUUCAUCGUUUAAAUUAAUCAAUUCGAGCGAUACGGAUGCAUUGUCGAUGUCUUCAGAUGAAUGUCGUAUCUGCGUUCCAUCGUUGAAUAUGUGCUUCUCAACGAAUAAACUACAAUCAUUGAAUGUGACAGGAAAUAUCUUCGGCGCGGCGAAACCAACACAUCCAUUGACUAUUCAAGAUUAUGUGUCGAUACUGAUCGAUAGUGAUAAACAUCUGGAUAGUGAAUUAGCCUAUAUAAUCAAUAAUUUACCUGCACGUUACAAACGUUUGAGUAAUGCAAAUAAUAAUCAGUUUACGAAUGAAACGGAAUUUUCAGAUGGAACAGCACAAGAAAAAUUCCCAAUGGAUUCGUUGAUGAAUUGUAAUGAUUCAUCAUUACGGAAAAAACAGGAUUCGGACUCGAUUGUACGUGGCAUACUUAGUAAUUCGAUUCAAUAUAAUCAUGAAAAACAAUCCGGUGAUCUGCCAACAACAUUGGCAGGACUUCUAAAUGAUAAUACGAGAAUUUCUAUUCCCCAAACGCAGAUGCAAGUAGAUCGAACAAAGAUGAAUCAGGUUACACCGACUCCUGAAUCGUACCAACAACAACACUACGAUUUUAUCAGAAAAUAUAAAGCAGCUAAAGCUAAAUUAGAAUCUCAAUUGGAAGCAGCUCGAGCGCAGGAAAUCGCUAAUGGGUGUCAAGCGAGUGACAUAUUGAAACGAAAUACUGUUGUUAAUAAAUUAGCUCAAUUGGAAACAAUUAAAAGCAAACAUUUAGCUCGUACGCUUGAAUUGAAACGACAAAGUCAACAGUCAACAUCAGCGACAGCCAUCGCAGUGAAUAAUAUCGAACAGAAAGAUUUGCUUAGCAGUGUAUUUCAUUCAUCGUCGUCACCAAAACCUCCUGGAUUGAUGCAAAUGGAUAAUCAUAGUCCAUCAGGAAUUCCCUCACCACUUUCAUCACUAUACAAUUCGUCGACGCCCUCACCAUCGGCAUCCUAUUAUUCAUCUGGGUAUCCACAUCAACGAACUGCUUCACCGGCCUAUAGACCGUCAUCUUUGCAAUACGAUUCACCGCAAGCAGCAACAGCUUCAUUUCACGAUCCAAAUCCGAGAGUAAAAACUCCUGUAUUCGAAGAAUUCCUCACUCCUCCACCUUCGUACACCCCGGUUCACAAUCCACUCUUAUCUGUGCAUUCAUAUAUGAAUGUGUCAUUUCAAGAUCCAACCAACAACUCAACAACAAUGACAACGUCAUCUUCUUUUAAUCACCACCAUCAUCAUAGUACGACUUAUCCAUAUUGA